GGAGGAGCAGCAGAGCGAGAGUGGGCGGGGCGCCUCCCGGACACGUCGCCGGGCCCCGCCUCUUCCGCUCCCAGCAGCCGCCAUUUUGUGAGAGCGGCCGGAGCAGAGGAGUUCGGCUGCUGCGGCUGUGUCGACGACGCGAGGAGCGCCCGGAAAGCGAAGGAGGGAGGAGGCCUAUCCGCGGGCCCUUCGCCGCCACCCACCGCCUUUCCCUUCCCCUCCGCACCCGCCAUGCCCUCCUCGCCGCUCCGGGUGGCUGUGGUCUGCUCUAGCAACCAGAACCGCAGCAUGGAGGCCCACAAUAUCCUCAGCAAACGUGGCUUCAGCGUCCGAUCCUUCGGCACGGGGACUCACGUGAAGCUGCCAGGCCCGGCUCCGGACAAGCCCAACGUCUAUGACUUCAAAACGACAUACGAUCAGAUGUACAGUGACCUCCUUAGGAAAGACAAAGAACUCUACACACAGAACGGCAUUUUGCACAUGUUGGACAGAAACAAGCGCAUCAAGCCGCGGCCGGAAAGAUUCCAGAACUGCAAAGACGUCUUUGACCUGAUCUUGACGUGCGAAGAAAGGGUCUACGAUCAAGUAGUAGAAGAUUUAAAUUCAAGAGAGCAAGAGACGUGUCAGCCUGUCCACGUGAUCAACGUGGACAUCCAGGAUAACCACGAGGAGGCGACGUUGGGAGCUUUCCUUAUCUGCGAAUUGUGUCAGUGUAUACAGCAUACGGAAGACAUGGAGAAUGAAAUAGACGAACUGUUACAGGAAUUUGAGGAGAAGAGCGGAAGGACAUUUCUGCAUACGGUUUGCUUUUAUUAAAAGCCCGCCUGCCUCCUCCUCCUCCUAGGCCUUACUGCAGACGAAAGAAGCAUGCAUUAGUUCUGAUUUGACUGGACUCUUCUCCCCUUGGAGAGCGAAUCUACAACCUAUUUUUCCCCCCUAUUGUUGCUGUUUAAUUUUUCUCCUCUACCCCAAUGUGUCUCUUGUUUUUUAAAUAUUCUUUUUGUUGGUGUUUUGGAACAAAAACACAAGCGCGAACUUUGCUGAUGGAGAAAUGAAAGGAAAAGUAUACAUAGAGGCUGCUUUAUUUAAGAGAGUUUUUUUUUUAAUCAAGAUUUUUUUUUAAAACCCGUCCCCUAUAUGUCCUCCCUCCACCCUUCCUUAUCCAUAUCCUACUUGAAUUAUUUUAAGUAGGGUUUUAAUUAUAAAGAGAAUAUUUCUGGGACGAUAUCAUAAUUUCCAGCAUAAAUAUCCUUAUUUUAUUUCAGUUGCUCAGGAGUUGGUUGGGUGGUUUUGUUUUCUUCCCCCAGGGGGGAGGGUUUUUUGUUUUUUGUUUUCCUUUUUAAUUGAACGGCUGGGAUAUACAAAAGUAUGAAUGGAAUAUCUGUAUAUUAUUAGGAAUGAGAUUGGAGAUCUCCAAUAAAUAUAAACACCUCAA